UCAGCCGUUGGGACUUUUACGCAAGCGGAAGCGGAAGUUGAGUCCAUCGGCAGCGCAGUAGUGUUCUGGAUGUUGGUAAACAGACUGAGAUGUGUUUUUGAACAUCAUGAGCUCGUAUCUGAUGCUGUUUCUGCUUCUGCUGGACAUUUACUGCAGAUCUGUGAUCGCGUAUCUGAGCUCUCACGUGGCUCAGGAGCCGGUGUACUCCGUGCAGCAGAGUCCGGUGAUGAGCCGCCCGCUGGCCCUGACCUCGUCCUCUGCGGCUCCAGCGCUGACCGACCGUUACCUGUCCAGGUGUCCCAGCGGCGGUCAGUGCUCCAGACUCCCGGCCGACUGCAUCAUCUGCUCGUUUCAUCACAACUGUAGCUACGGCCGUCCGGCUAACUUCACCUGCAGAGCUAAAGCAGGCGUCCACUGUGUGGGCGACCCGAGUCGACCGCAGCAGAACUUCUCGCUCACGCUGGACUGUCGCUUCUGUUGGCAGCUGGAUCCGUCUCAGUACAUCUGCUCAGACUCCAGCAGCUGCUCGACAGUGUCCUGUCCACGCAGACGCUACAACACCAGCUGUGAAGCUCUGGAGCACGUGCACUGCCUCGGGAAGCGAGUGUUUCAGAAGCGUCUGUUCUGUAACUGGACGGGGGGGUAUAAGUGGUCCACGGCUCUGGCUCUCAGCGUGACUCUGGGGGGCUUCGGAGCGGACCGCUUCUAUCUGGGCCAGUGGAGGGAAGGUCUGGGGAAGCUCUUCAGUUUGGGCGGUCUGGGCGUCUGGACACUGAUCGACGUGCUGCUGAUCGCUGUGGGAUUCGUGGGACCAGCCGACGGCUCGCUCUACAUCUGAGGCUUCACCCUCCACACGGGGCACGUCCCCAGGCCUUCAGAGGAAGACUGAUGAACACACUUCUGAAACAUGUAGAAUAUGUAUCAUAACUCUUCUGUGUGAUGUUACUGCUGUGUGUAUAUAUGAGUGUGAUCCUCACGGUUGAUUUCUGAUUAAAACUCAGUCAGGCUGAUGUUAUAUCUCACAGUUAUGAGAAGAAAAGUCAGAAAUGAGAUGCAAACUCUGAAAUGUGAUAAAAACUGAAGAGCAAGAUUUUAAAUCAGAAUUGUGAAAUAUGCAAACUUACAAUUGUGAGGGAAAAAAGUUGCUAUUACGUUACUUUAUAUAUGGCAAUUGUUAUAUAUAUAUAUAUAUAUAUAUAUAUAUAUAUAUAUAUAAUUAUUUAUUUAUUCAUUUUGCAAGAAUUUCAAGGAAAAAAAGAAAAAAAUGCAAUUUGCUGUAUUUUUAUCCUGUGGCAGAAAACAAGCUUCCAUAGAAAAUACUGUAAACAGAAAACCAACACAUUUUCACCAUGUUUUUAGGAAUAAAAUGUUGUGAAAUCUGAAUUAUGUCAUUAACUUACUUCUUGAUUUUACUGUACAUUACGCCAUAUGGACAUCCACUCAGAGAUAGUCAGCACUGAUAAGCUGUUACUAAAUAUAAUGUAGAAUAUAUUUUGCAUCGUGACAGACUCCAUACGAAUGAGCUUGUAUUGUAUUGGUGCUUCUGAUCAGUGAGUAGAGCCGCACGAGUGCUGGUGAUGGAAGAGUUAAACAGCUCUGAAUAUUUGUAGAAUGUGAACAUCUUGUGUAAUCAGUGAGAACAGGACGCUUCGAGAGCCUUCGGGCUCUUUCAUCAUGUUCCAGCCUGAACACACACACACAGUGAGUGAAUGUAAGCGCUGGUGUCAUAUCAACACACACGUCUGUGUUUUCAGCUCAUCCUGACCUUCGACUGCAGACUCUGUUCUCACUUUCACUCUCCUGCUUUAAAAGAAGCACAAACCCGGCUGUGUUCCAAAGCUCCAGCACAUACUGCACAGUGCACACUGCUGUUAAACAGUAGUACAGUGUGUUCCUAACCAGUGCUUCAUGGGGAUCUUAAAUCUGUCAUUAGUCUCUGUUGUUGUUGUUCAGUGAGGAGUGGAUCCUAACAUUCUUCAAAAUAUCUUCAUGUUUCACAAAAUAAAGAAAGUCAAGGUU